AAACGAAUUCGCGCCUUACGACUCCAUCACUACACUAUAUUUUCAGUCUUUCUCUCUCACACACCCAUUGUCGAGUUCACCCUAGAUCCAAUCUCUCUUCUCUCUGCUGCCGCUUAGCCGAAUCCAAUUCUCUCCAAGGUUGCAAAGUGCUUUGUUUGAUUUGCUGGAUUGGACACUUAAGUGGUUUGAAAUUCUUGAUAGGGUUUAAGGGAAAAAUUCGAAGACUAGUGGAAAGACUGUGAUUUGCCAGUAGGGAAUCCAAAUGGAGCUUCGCCGUUGUGGUAAUCUUCAUUAUAUCCAGGCCAUUAAAGGUGGUUUGGUUACGAAAGUCCUUAAUGUAUCUCGCGGGCAACCAAAACUUAAAUUUAAAGAUAUCACUGAUUUAAAUGAGGGCUUCUUGUUUGAUAAUGUGAAGGCUGUGAGAUCUUGCAUUGAUGUUAUGAAGAAAGGAAUAGUGAAAAUUGAGCCUGAAUUUUGGGAAUCUGAUGCCCAUGAUGGGGAUAAUCAGAGAAUAAAUAACUUGGAUGAUGAUGAUGAUGAUGAUGAUGAUGAUUUUGCCACUUUAACACUAAAGCAAAUUAAAGAAAGCUGCAAAACAAGGAAGAGAAAACGCUCGCAAGGUUUCAACUCUUCUAAAACAAAAAUUGAAGACUACAUGGAGAAGCAGCCAAUGGAAGAAGAUGAUCCUGAGUUCACGGAGACUCUUAGUAACUUGAGAACUAAACUAUCAAAAAAUAUGAAGUCCAAGAAAAAGAAGAAGUGUGUAAAAGACCCCCCGAUUUCCCCCCAAGAGAUUGUUCUAGUUGAUGAAUCUGAAGAGAUACUAGACGGUCAAGAAUUCUCACCCUCUAGUGGGGAUUCAGCUGGUCAAGAAUUCUCACCCUCUAGUGGGGAUUCAGCUGCUCUAGUUGAAAUGAAUUUUGAGUGUCCUGAAAAUGAGUGUUUCAACGGGCCAGAUGAUUUUUCCAGUAGAGAAAAUAAAGAUGCAAAGAUAACUCUUGAAGGGAAUUCCAAUAAUGAAUUAAAUUACAAACGGAAAGAGAUUUUUGAUUUUGUUCCACUACGAAUGAUGAAGCCAUCUAGUUGCGAUAUUGUAAUAAGUAAUCCUGAUCUUAGCAGCAACCAGUCUACCAACUUUCUUGCAAUAGCAUUUGAAGAUCACAGUAACUCCGAUAUUCAUGACAAUCACCUUGAUGAUGACAUUGAUAUACCAGUCUCAUCACCUAAAGUGGCUAGUCAUAAAGACUUUAAUUAUCGAGGUUUGGAGUUUAGAGAUGAUAUUACUUUACUCAAUGAUUGCAGUAAAGAUGAAUAUACAGCUGGUGCCGAGGUUCAGGAUAAACCCUGCUCCACUAUUGAACAUGAACUCAAACCUGAUGGAUAUCUGGUCUGUCGCUCAGAUGAUUCACCUGAAUAUGUGGAGAAGCAAUCAUUUGCUUCCGAAUGUGAUGAUGACAAUGAUACACCAGUCUCACCGUCUAAAGUGGCUAGUCAUAAAGACCUUGACUGUCUAGGUCCAGAGUUUAAAGAUGAUAAUACUUCACCAGAUGAAUGUACAGCUGGUGCUGAGGUUCAGGAUAAACUCUUCUCCACUAUUGACCAUGGCCUCAAUUCUGAUGAAUGUCUGGUUCAUUGCUCAGAUGGUUCACCUGAAUAUGAGGAGAAGCAGUCUUUUGUUUCCGUAUAUAAUGAUGAUGAGAGAAUACAUGUCAGCGAGGCUUCUGAUGAAUUGACUUCUUGGAAUGAACAUGAAGGUAGUCCAAAGCUGCAUGGUCCUGAAAGGCUAUUAUCAACCAGAAAGGCCAUUUCGCCAUCUUCGCAGGAAAAGUUGUGCAAAGCCAUGGAGUCCAUUGAUAUUAAUCAUAAAAACAAUCUAAAAUGCAAAGGUGAACUACCAUUUACUAAGUCGACUGAUAAGAAUGGUGAUGCAGUAGGACUUAAGGAUAUCACGAGAACUGGAGUUACUAAUAAGCCUAACAAAGUUAGAGUUACUUCUAAGACUUCUAGAAAUGGUUCAAAUCUUAAAAGCGUUUCCAAGACAUCUAAUUCUUCUCGCUCAGCAACCCGUCUGGGGUGCAGCACUUUACAGAAUUGCUCAAAGAGUGCUAUUGCAUUUUCAAAGCAGCAGAUGCAUGAUGCAGAAUGUCUUACUAUGAAACUCACAAAAGAGUUGAAGUCUAUGAAGGACAUUAUGGAUGAUAUGUUACGAUCUGAAUUCUGUCUAAAUACCUCUUUGAGAUACAAAGUUAAUGAGGCAAGAAUGGCAGUCAAGAAGGCCACAAAAGCUGAAGAAGGUGCAAAGCGGUGGCUGUCCUUCAUGACAAGGGAUUGCAAUCGUUUCUGUAAAAUAAUGAACUUAGCUGACAGUAGUUCUUCAACUCCACAAGAUGUAGUCUCACCUCCACAAGAUGCAAAGCGGAAAGAGAAAAAAAUAGCCUUUGCUGAUGAAGCAGGUGGAAGGCUGUGCCAGGUUAGGUUUUAUGAUGAGGAGGGCGAGGGACAAUUGUCAGAAUCUACGUGAAAGGGAAUGUUGCUUUAAUACCUUUGUAAAUUAGCUUCUUAAUACCUUUGUAUUAAAUAAUAGAUUGAGUGAUGUAGAAAUGUCUUAUACUUGUUGAUGAGGAAUGGGAAUUUUGUUGGUUCCUCUCUAUGCAACAUGUUAAUUCAAUUGAUACUUUGUAUCCAGCUGACUGAAAUCAAAUAUUCAAUUGAUAUUCAGCCGUGUAAAAUCAAA